CGCCGCGUCCUCCCCCCCCAGAAGCACCACCAGCUGCGCAUCAAGAUCCUCGGCGACUGCUACUACUGCAUCUGCGGGCUGCCCGACUACCGCGAGGACCAUGCCGUCUGCUCCAUCAUGAUGGGGCUGGCCAUGGUCGAAGCCAUCUCCAUCGCCGCAGCGGGCGCUGACGGUACCGCCGGCAGGUCGAAGGGGAAGAGCACGUUUCGCCUCUCCAUGCGCUUCAUCGACCCCGAGAUGGAGACGCGCUACUCGGUGGAGAAGGAGAAGCAGAGCGGUGCGGCCUUCAGCUGCUCCUGCGUCGUCCUCUUCUUCACCGCCCUGGUGGAGAUCUGCAUCGACCCCUGGCUGGAGGUACUAUGGAGAGGAGGGUCUACGUGGCUGCAUACGGGCUGUCUCCUGCCCGGACAAACGUCUCUCCUCUCCUUGCUGUAGGUCUUUCCCAAAAAACUCGUGGCCUUUUCCACCUGGAUCGACCGGACUCGCUGGGCGCGCAACACCUGGGCCAUGGCGGCCAUCGUCAUCGUGACCAUGGCUGAUAUCGUGGACAUGCUCAGCUGCUGGCAGGACUACGCCGGGCUCGGCAAUGGCACGGCGCCGCGGGCCGGCGGGGGGGGGGGGGAGGCCCCCCCUUGCCGCCCACCCACACCUCGCUGGCAUCUCCCCGGCAGAGCCGUGCUGGUGCCCUCCAAGUACUCCAUGACGGCGAUGAUCUUUGUGGUGAUGCUCAGCUUCUACUACUUCUCCCGCCAUGUGGAGAAGCUGGCCAGGACCCUCUUCCUCUGGAAGAUCGAUGUCCACGACCAGAAGGAGCGGGUCUACGAGAUGAGGCGCUGGAACGAGGCCCUCGUCACCAAUAUGCUGCCUGAGCACGUGGCCCGGCACUUCCUGGGCUCCAAGAAGCGGGACGAGGAGCUGUACAGCCAGUCCUACGAUGAGAUCGGCGUCAUGUUUGCCUCCCUCCCCAACUUUGCUGACUUCUACACGGAGGAGAGCAUCAACAACGGGGGGAUUGAGUGCUUGCGGUUCCUCAACGAGAUCAUCUCUGACUUCGACGCGCUCCUGGACGAACCCCAGUUCCGGUGCAUCACCAAGAUCAAAAACAUCGGCAGCCCCCACAUGGCUGCUUCCGGAGUGACCCCCGACGCCAACGCCAACGGCUACCCUCGGCCGGGACCCAAGGAGUCCCUCUCGGAUAAGGAGCGCUGGCAGCACUUAGCUGAUCUGGCCGACUUUGCCUUAGCCAUGAAGGUGACGCUGAUGAACAUCAACUACCAGUCCUUCAACAACUUCAUGCUCCGCAUAGGCAUGAACAAGGGGGCCGUGCUGGCCGGAGGGAUAGGCGCCCGCAAGCCGCACUACGACAUCUGGGGCAACACGGUCAACGUGGCCAGCAGGAUGGAGUCCACUGGCGUGAUGGGGAACAUACAGGUGGUGGAGGAGACCCACCUCAUCCUGAAGGAGUACGGCUUCCGCUUCGUGCGCCGGGGGGCCAUCUACGUCAAGGGCAAAGGGGAGCUGCUCACCUUCUUCCUCAAGGGCCGGGAGAAGCAGGGCUCCUUCGUCAACGGUUCCUCUGUCACCCUGCCCCACCAAGUGGUGGACAGCUCGUGAGGACCCCGGGUGUCCUGCGUCCGCUAGGGAACACAGCCACCGCCUCCCCGGCGCGGAGGGGAGACGGCUCCCCGUGCCUGCCGCUCGCA